UGUAAGUACUUAUGACGUAUGUCGAUAAGUAAGAUUGGCUUCGUGGUUUUAGCAGAAAAUAUGGCUGCUGCUGUCGAAAAUUCUACUUCAAAUCAGAGAUAUUAUUGCUACCAAUGCGAUCAAAAUAUAUCUCCUACGAUACCGGUAAGAUGCUGCUUUUAUCCCUUGCUUACUUGGAAAUAAUUUCAACCUUUUAGUACAACGUAAACCGUCUUAGGUUUCGCUUUCAUUAAUGUAUACUUCGCUAAACAUAGGGUAUGUAAAUAAAAUAGUUAGAAUUGCUGUUUUGUUAUAUUGUGUUGUUAAGAAGUAUUUUCUUGUGUGAAAUUAAGUAAAGUAAAUAAAUGUUAGCUUUCGUAUGGGGUUUUUAUAGUGAAAUGCUUAAAGAUCUCUGCUAUUUGUUUGGAUUAUUAAAAAUUGUCAGGAAUAGGAAUGGCAGGAAAUAGGUUUCACAGGAAUCGUACGAUGUCGUAAAUUCGUGACUCGGUGCAUUGUAAAAAUAUACUUCCAACACAGUCUCCUAUUUGUAGAACAUAUUUGGGCAAAUAUAUUGUAUGAAGGCUAUUGAAAACUACGUAACGUGAAAUCAUUAAUAUUAUUGUUACUUAGGCUUAAAUUUUAAUAAGGGAAUGUAGAUUUUUCCCUAUAGUUGAGGUACACUUUUUUGCAAAUUUUACACUUUAUCUGUACCAGAGCAACUUCUGAAUGCAUAUGCCAUCAAAAACAUGCUGUAAGCAUAGAAUAUUGAAUUAUAUGCCAUUCAAAAACACAGCAUCAGAUGAUUGUAUUAUACUGUAGAGAUUGCACACCAGAUACCAUAUGGUACUGGAUAGUAGCAAUAUCAUGGGUAAUAUUAUAGUGACCAAUAAUACUACCUUGUACUGACUAAGUAUGCCUGUGAUCAUUUAAUCAGGUACGGUAGCUUAAAUGCAUUUGAUUGGUUAAUAGUCCCUUAAUUAAUGGCAGUCUGGAAAUUUUGUAUCUUACGCCAAAUAUAGUGUACUGGGUAAUAACCAAACACUGGAUAUUCAUAUCCAUUCUUGGACAAUACUAAUUUCUUCCCAUAAAAUAGUCCAUAUUUAUUAAUAGUAUAUGACUUUAUCCCCUUGUGUAAUAAGCAUAAAUUUCUAUGGCACAGCAGAGAGUAGUUUACAUCACAAUAAAUGUUUCUGUAAUUCCAUUUAAUUAAAUGCAUUGCACACAUAGUAAUUUGGCAUUCCCAGAUACUUUGCUUUCCCAAAAUAAUGUCGUUCCGGUUCCCGACCGGCCCUAUUUUUUUCUGCCGACCCUAUUAUUUUUUCAACGCGAUUGACCUGGGUGGUUGCGGGCUGCUGCCUAAAUGGUGUCUGUUGUCACACUAAUUAUUGAAAAAACCAUGAAAAAAAAUUCAAAAAAUAAUUUUAUUUCCAACCUACCGACCCUAAUUUUUUUGCAAUAUGAAACUGGAACCACAGGUAUUUUUUUAGGCCCAAUGCGACUUAAUGGGUUAAUUUGCAGAACAAGUCCAUGGUUGGGCAAAAUCUGUUCAAACUAACCCACAAUCUCGUGGGCAAGAGGUGAUUGCCCUGACAGAAGCCCCUGGCAGCUAGACAGAGAAAUAAAAAAUCCAUUUUCUCAGCCUCUUCCGGGAGGCUAAAAUUUAAGGCUAUCUAUACCAAAAAAUGAUACCCACACUAGUUAACAGUUAACCAUUAAGGGGGUCUUCCACCCUAAAAACAUUUUUUUUCAAUUUAAAGGUUUUAUCAUAUUUGAGUCAAAUAUGAUGGAAUAUCCUCAGCUGACGCAGGAUCAGUAACUUUUACAUUCGUCAUUGCCAUAGUAUUAAUAGUAACUAAGAUAGGCCUUGCUAUAGGGUAAAAUAUAGGGUUUGCUCCAAAAAUGAUGUGAGCCAAACUAAUUUACCGAGGAUUUUAGAAACAGCUUUAAUGGACACUUAAUACAUCGAUCUAUGUCAUGAACCUAAAAAAAUAUACAAGUAAUAUAAUAAGGCCUUCAUAUUUUACUUUUUUAAAAUUAUAUAAAGAAAGGAGUUCUUAUAAGGCUACUCUUGCAAUGUAUAUUGCUGAUAUAUGAAGUUUUUUAGGUCCAUGACAUGGCUAUGUAACAAGCAAAUAAACUCUGAAAAUUUCGAACGAAUUGAUUCAGUAUGAACAGUAGGAGAGUUUUUAGUAUUUUGCAAAAUGCUCAUGUGAGAAAAGCGAUUUUAAAGUUUUUGCAUAUAUUAGAAUAACUUAGAUAGAACAAUAUAAUUGAAAAUGGAACAAUAGACUAAACCAAUCGCAUAUCUUUAUCGCUCCGGGUAAAAUCGUGGUUUUACCCUACGAAGGUGUAGAAUUUGCUGGAUUUCUCUGGUUUACGGUACAUUUUCGUUCUUAAAAUUACACAGAUUUUAUAAAGAAUGCUAUAAAGACUACAUUUUUACGUUUUUUCUAAAAAAAAACAAAUAUUGGAAAAUUUGGGUGGAAGACCACCUUAAGCGCCAGCAAGUAAAAUCAUCUGGCGUUAGACAGAGUAAAAUAAUAUGGCCAGCGUUAGACAGAGUAAAAUAAUAAAGUAGAGCGCAAUACGACUCAGUGGGUUAAACAUAAAUGAAAAUUUAUUGUUUGAUUUUGUAGGAAUUUACUUGUCCUGAAUGCCAUUUAGGAUUUAUAGAAGAACUAAAGAAUGAAGAGUAUGUACAAAUCAUAAAUGCUUUAUUGAUUUGUAUUGUAAACAAGCGUGUUUAUUGGUAUGAAAUUGCCCUAACAAACAAUAAUUUUGUAUUGUUUUUAGAGAAAUGGACCUAGAUGAAAGUGAUGGUAGAAGUGACCCAGAGGUAUUAGGAAAUUUAAAAAAUCAUCUUCUAGAUUUCCGAUAUGGUAAAUUGGUAAAAACCAGGAUGUUUGAUAUUUACCAUUAAUGGUAUUUUCCUGUGCACAGGAAAAAAAAUAAAGUACCAUUAAUAAACAAUUAGGGACCGGUCAUUAUUUAUGGUGGGGGGUGGCACCGAAGAGAAAAAGGUUGGGUAAACAAAAUUUUGAGUGAGUAAAAGGUUGGGUAAAUGAAAAACAAAACAACUCAAGGGUUGGGUAAUAAAAAUUUACUGUCAUUUCCAAAGCAUGACCCACUGAAAUAUUGGAGACUGAAAAGCAAUGUCAACAGUCAUUUGUCAAUACAAUAUGUGAAUCAAUCAGAGUCACUAUCUUGAUCAUAGUUUGACAAAACAAAUUGUGUUCCAAAGAAAGUACAUGUGCAGACAACAUGAAACUUUAGACUGCAGAACAUUUCACAAGCCGUUAUCAAACUCAUGUCACUGAAGUGAUAGAGGACAUGUAUGACAACUGAAUGGUAUCCUUUUGUUAAGUUUUUGGCCAGGGGUGGGUAGUUAUUUUUUAAUUGAUAUUUGAGGUUGGGUAAUCAAAUUUUUGUCUUUUUAAUGGUUGGGUCAGCAAAAUUUUUGACACGGAAAACAUUUCUCUUCAGUGCCACCCCCCGCCAUAAAUAAUGACGUGUCCCUUAUUGAAUUUGGUUUUCUUCAUUAUUGAUAAGAAUUUUAAAUGUAAGUAUUGUUUUUAGCACCAUUUUUCAUUGAUGAUGCGAAACAUUGAACCAGGAAGAAAUGGUUAGUAGAUUAGGUUUGUAAAGUGAGGUCUGAUAUCUUGAUUGUGCAUCAAAACUAUGAGUGAGAAUUACAUCAGAGUUGUAGUUUUGAGUCAUGUGACUUGUAAUUGACUUGGACUUUUGUGACUUGACUAUUGUUAGUCAGAUUAACAACUUGUGACUUGGACAAAAUGAUUUGACUUGUACAUGCAAGAAAUGACUUACCAAUUGAUGCAAGUCAAAUGUAAAGUUGCAAAUAUCCAGUGUAAUUUAAGAAACAUUUCUACAAAUACUAUAGUGACUAGUGCUGUAGUGUGGCCAGAUUUUGUAGGGCUUGUUAUGUUUAUGAGAGUAAUAUAUAAUUGUCGUGGGUGACUCUCCAUUUGUGGUAAAAAAGAACAGCUGUACAGAAUGACUUGCAACUUGACUUGGUCACUAACAAAAUGUCUUGCAAAUUAUGACUAGUAGUAACAAUGUCCUGAUGUCUGGAUUUUGUUUAUAGAAAUUCGUAUCGGGAGACCAGGGAGGCGAAGAAGACCUCACAUGCGAAGUAGACCUGGCCUCAUUUCACAAGAUCCUGUUGUUGGACAUUUUGCUGCUCUCGAUCAGUAAGAUUAGUAAACAUUUUCUCUCUCGGGACUUUGUCUUUGUUCAGAAACAACGAAGAUGAAGGAAUUUACAAAAGCAGGGUUCAAAACAACCACUUGUUGACCUGUUGAUUCCAGGCAAUUUUUACAAACAACAGGUGUAAAAACUGUUCACCUUAACAGAGCUGAAAGUGCACAUCACAGUACAUGUACAAGUUUAACCUAUUGAGCACCAGCACUCUACCCUUGACGAGUAAAAUUGUCUGGCAUUAGAAAGAGUAUAAUAAUAAAGUAGGUCACAUUGAGGCACAAUGCAACUUAACGGUUAAUAAUGGAGGAGACAGAUAAAAGUAUACAACCUAUUUCCAUGGACAAGUAAAAAAUAGGAACAUUUCAAACCCUGAGAAGUCAAUAAGGAAUUUGUGAAAGUCAGUAUUUCUUAUCCCAUUAGAGGCUAAUGAUUUGUUGUAUGAACCUUUGCAGGCUUUUGCGGCUAUUUGGUCAAGAUUCUGGACACAGUAAGUACUUUGAAAAAGUCUCCAGUCCAGUCCGUACUUUAGAUAGAGCUAAGGGGUGUAGGGAGGUAUGCAACCCCUCACAAUCUUAAGCAACCCUUAGAAAGCUUGUUUAAAAUUAUAUCUGUAGGUACAUCAAGUACUAUAUUUUAACGUGAAAAUGUAACGAAAGAAGUAACGUAAACGUUGAUCAGAAAAGUAACGUGCUAUCGUUCCAUUUUAAUUAAGCCAAAAUGUACUGUAAGUAGUUAUACAGUUGCCUGUUUUAAAAACCGUAACUAAUUACUGUGAAAGUUACUUAAAAAACAGUAACAAUUACUUGUAAUUUCGUUACUUAUAACGAAAUUAGGUACAGCACUGAUAUUUUUGUGCUGGAUACCAGAUUUCACACUUUGGAUAACCCUGAAAAUGUCAAGCCCUGUCAAUGAGACCCAACAUGCUACAAUAUAAUGCGCUCUUUUGUCUAUCAUUUGCAAAGUAUGCAUCUUUUGGCAAUAAUUUAGCAAUAAUUUCUAUGAUCAUUUAGGAGUUUCUAUUAGUAUCACAAGUAUUUAUCAUGAAUUCUAAUUUUCAGCUGGUAUGUCUGGUGGUGAAUCAUUUAGUGGAAACCCAGGCUUUCUGUAAGUAUGGUGUAUGGUAUAUGUUUAUGGAUGAUCAACGUUUUUUGUCUAGCUGAGAAGUGUCCAACUUGCUGUUAUAAACAAGUAACAGUAUUUAUUUUCCUUUUUGAACAGAAAUUUAUUUCACAUUCAUGGUAAUCCAGGAGAUUAUGCAUGGGGUGGCAGAGGACUGGAUUCCAUCAUAACUAGAGUAAGUAUAUCUAAAAUUAUGUUUACUGAUUGCAAAGAUAUAUUAGUGGACGACAUGCAUAUUGUAAUAGCCCUUUCCCCUUAUAACUAAAUUUUUGAUCUAGACAAGUCUAGACAAAAAUUUCAUCACAGCUUGAAAGAGCAUCACAAAAUUAGUAAUAUUCCGAAGUUUCGUUGCGAAAUGUUGUAAAAUGUGGAUAAUAUAGCCCUGCGAAAUUUGCAAUUUUCAGUGAUUUUGUAUUACAAACGGGAAAUUGAUGCCCCAACACCCGAUUGGGCUGUCAAUUUCCCAUGCGUAAUACAAAAUGACUGAAAAACGGCAAACUUCGCAAGGCUAUAUUAUCCGCAUUUUACAACAUUUCGCAACGAAAUUACUAAUUUUGUGAUGCUCUUUCAAGCUGUGAUGAAAUUUUUGUCUAGAUCAAAAUUUUAGUUAUAUGGGGAAAGGUCCAUUGUUCCAGUCUCAGAGCUAUGCCAUGAUUCAGCUGCAAUUUUAUCCUGACGCAAAGCCAGGCUGCGAUAAUUGAAGAUUUUUCUUUGCAACUCAAUGGCGCCGCUACGACUAUUACUCGAUACAGACGUAAAAAUGUCACAUCCUGUCAACAAGACGUGCUCGCAACAAGCUUGUAUAACAAACUGUAACAGUGUGGUUGGUUUGUCGAGUUGUUACAAGAUUGUGAGUCACAAAUUGUUAACAAGUUAUUGCAAAUUGUAAUAAGUCUGUUAAGUUAACAACAUUGUAGCAAGUUGUUAGCAAGCCGUUGACUAAAGGUAGCCUGGUUCGUUACAAUCAUACCUAGAAAAUAUAUUUUUUUUCUUGGCAGUAAAAUCCAAAAAUAAAUAUUUCCUGUGUAGGUCAAAUAUAAAACGUCCUGCACAUGUAGAUUUCAGAGAACGUAUGGCGCCUCACAUUGUGAUAUAUUAUACAAAUAAUGAAUGUUUAUUCGUGCAAUGGCAAGAAUAUUUUCAUGAGGUGAAAGAUGGAAUGUUCCAUUCAAUGAGGCGACAGCCGAGUUGAAUGGAACAUUCCAUUUUUCACCGAAUGAAAAUAUUCUUACCAUUGCACGAAAAAGCAUUCAUUAUUUGUUUUAUAUAAUACCAAAAUAGAGUAAUAGAUUCGUAUGAGAAGCAUUUUGAGGGGUGCGAUUUAUUGAAAACACAAAGAGUGCAAUUGUACUAUACAUUUUAUUCCAUUGCACUCGCAGAGAGUGCAAUGGAACGUAUUCCAUUGCAUUCUUGGGAAAUGGAAUUUUCUAUUCAAUAUCACGUGACCAUAAACAGCCAAUUAAACGAUCAGAUUUCAAUAAGGUAUUAUAUAAACUUCAAUGUCGGCACAAGACAAUCUCGACUUGCAAAACGCUUUGGUAAAUAAUCAGUAAAUUAUGUGGCAUCCAGUAUAUAUGAUGACAAAAAUUUCCUGCAAGAUGUAAGAAAAUUUUAUGCGAAGAUAUUUUGUUAAACAUUUCCUGGCAAUGGUGCUGCUGGUCAUUUUCAACGUAUACACAAAGCAUGAUUUUCUAAAAAGUAUUCAAUCAAUUACCUCAAACAUUACGAGUGAGAACAACGAGGAGUAAGUACCAUUGCAUAUACCAACACAUGUAUUUGACUCCAGCAUUCCUCAGUCUCAUCUCAUUCCAUCGUGUUUCAUGUCAAGAAUGUCGAACAUAUUAUAGAAAGGAUGAUUCCAGCUAUAUGUAGACUAAAUUUUGAUCUAGGCAAGAAGAACAAAAUCCAUCACCACAGCUAGAAAGAGCAUGUUAACAUGUUAAUUGUUAGCAUGUUAAUUAGUAAAAUUGCAAAGUUUGGUUGCGAAAUGUUGUAAAAGGAGGAAAAUAUAGCCCUACGAAAUUUGCAAAUUUUGUAUUAAUUUGUAUUACGCACGGGAAAAUGCACCAUAUUUGGGCCGAAAGUGGUGCAUUUUCCCGCGAGUAAUGCAAAUUAAUACAAAAUUUGCAAAUUUCGUAGGGCUAUAUUUUCCGCAUUUUACAACAUUUCGCAACCAAACUUUGCAAUUUUACUAAUUUUAACAUACUCUUUCUAGCUGUGGUGAUGGAUUGAUGGAUUUCAAAGUUCUUCCUGCCUCGAAAUUUAGUCUAUAUAUAGCUGGAAUCAUCUAUCAGACUAUUACGGUUUUGAAUACCUUGGAAAGGUCAUAUGGUACCGGUAGCAAAAUGUAAGUACGUCGAAAGUACGAGACGGUAAUGUUGGCGAUCUCCGCUACGUAACAUUUUACUCGGAUGCAACACUAUACUAGCUUAUUGCCGAGAUCAAAUUGAAACACAGAUGUAUAUUAGAGCGAAGGACUGUGUUUGGAAAGUCUAAAAAUAUGUAUAUUUGUGUUUCUAGUUACUUGACCAAAUGGAAGGUUCAGGUCCACCGCCGGCAGAAGCAAGCCAGAUUGAGUCACUACCUACUGUAAAAAUAUCCCAAGAAGAUGUUGGUGAGUAUACAAAAUUAUUGACCUAUUUGACAAGAAUUAUGUCAUUGGUGGUUUUCUUCUUAGUACAUCUCGAAAAGUUCCUAAAUAUCCCUAAAACUCUUCAACAAAAAUCUUUAAAAAUCCCUACAAAAUUAUCUAUGAAAUCCCUAAGAAUCUGUUGAAAUCCUUAAAAAUCUUUACAAACCCCCAAAAAAUCUCGGAAAUAUCCCCAAGAAUCUAAAGCCCAUGUUACACGGUGCAAUUUUUCUUGCAACUUGCAAUGCAAUUCUACUCUUGAGAGAUGUAAAAUUGCGAAAUAUGAGUCUUCGUUACACUCCGCUGAUGUUUUCUCAACAUAUCGAAAAUUCUUCACUGAUUUCACAAAUGAACAUCUCCCAAGAGUAGAAUUGCAUAAUGCAAGUUGCAAGAAAAAUUAAGGUAUUUUCGAAAUCUCAGAAAUCUCGUACACAUUUUUGGAGUGAUAGAAACUGACAGAUUAAGGGUCAGAGACGAGUGACCGUAGCUUCGCGAGACUGAGUGAAGAUAUCUUAAUUAGAAAGACUAAUAAGCUGCAAACGAUAGACAAAGAACAAAAAAAAUUCUGGUAUUCAAACAACGGCGAAUAAUAGCAUACAAUUUCGUACAUUUCUUUGUUUUAGAUAUGAGUUUAGAAUGUCCUGUAUGUAAAGAAGUGUUUAGUUUGGAUGAAGAAGUUAAAAAGUUACCCUGUAAACAUUAUUUUCAUGAAAGUUGUAUUACUCCAUGGCUCAAGAAGGUGGGUAGACAAUAUUAUUACUGCUAUC